CUUACAUGGACUGUUCCCAUCAGAGUGCCCCUUUACAUGGACUGUUCCCAUCAGAGUGCCCCCUUACAUGGACUGUUCCCAUCAGAGUGCCCCCUUACAUGGACUGUUCCCAUCAGAGUGCCCCCUUACAUGGACUGUUCCCAUCAGAGUGCCCCCUUACAUGGACUGUUCCCAUCAGAGUGCCCCCUUACAUGGACUGUUCCCAUCAGAGUGCCCCCUUACAUGGACUGUUCCCAUCAGAGUGCCCCCUUACAUGGACUGUUCCCAUCAGAGUGCCCCCUUACAUGGACUGUUCCCAUCAGAGUGCCCCCUUACAUGGACUGUUCCCAUCAGAGUGCCCC